AUUGGAUAUAAAUGGUUACAGACAUAGCAAGUUGCUUGCCAUUGUUUCCCGUUAGUCAUGAUUUUAUUGAUAUUAUUAAUGAGCCAGCUCAGUUUAGAGAAGCUUUGAAAAAAGGUAUCGAAACUGCCCGCAGUAGAAUUGUCUUGGCCUCUCUUUAUAUUGGCACAACUGAGACUGAUUUAAUUGAAGAAUUACGCAUGGCUUUACAAUCCAAUUCUCAGCUUCGUUUGAUUGUAUUGGUUGACUAUUUUCGAGGAAGCCGAAUAGAAGGUAAUGGCAAGAGCACAGUUAAUUUACUCGAGCCAUUGCGCGAUCUCUAUCCUAAUCAAGUACAGAUCUCCUUGUACAAGUCACCUGCAGCAAAACGGAAAUGGAUGGGGAUUGUACCACAACGAUUCAAUGAGAUUUUUGGUUUACAACACAUCAAGGCAUAUGUAUUUGAUGACGAUGUUUUGAUUAGUGGUGCCAAUAUUAGUAAGGACUACUUUACAAAUCGACAGGAUAGAUAUGUUUUGUUUCGAAAGGCUGGAGACAUGGCAUUAUAUUUUACCGAGCUUAUCCAAACUCUCGCUAAUUUAAGUGAAGCUUCUUUAAAAAUCUCCGAAUCCCGCAAGGAGUAUCUUGAUCGAGUUCACAACACUCUCGAGUCUUUUUCAGCAGUCUGGCUAAAAAAAACCCAGAUUUUUAGAAAUCAGUUUAAUACUAUUUUCAAAGACAAUUUGACGGAUUCAGAUGGUUGUACUUUUGCUGCCCCAGCACUACAACUUGGAUGUGUUGGAAUUCGAUACGACCAAAAGGCGAUGCUAUGUGCUUUAAGCCUUGCGCGUGAGGCUCCAGACUAUCAUAUAUCGAUUGCAAGUGGUUAUCUUAAUUUUCCCAGUGUAUAUCGCGAUGUUUUAUACCAAUCCAAGUCUGAUAUUGAAGUACUAUGCUCUUCACCUCAAGCAAAUGGAUUCUUUAAUUCUCGAGGCAUUUCAAAAUUUGUUCCGGCUGCAUAUAGCUAUCUCGAGUGGCUUUUUGGUCAGGAGUUUUCCAAACGCAACAAAUGGGCUUUGGUACGAAUUUUUGAAUUUUACCGAGCAGAUUGGACUUGGCACGCAAAAGGCUUGUGGAUGUAUCAACAUGCAGAUCCACAAAGUCCGUAUGUUACUACCAUUGGUUCAUCAAAUAUGAACCAGCGAUCUCUAGAGCUUGAUAUGGAAGCUCAAGUCUAUCUUUUUACAAGAAACAGUCUUGUACGCACACGUUUCAAUCAGAAUUUUGCACAUUUACAAUCCUAUACAAAAAAUGUGCAACUUGAGACAAUACGGAAUAGACGUGUUCCUACACUUGUUAAAUUUUGUGCAAGAAUGCUACGAACAAUGUUUUAGAUAUACAAAACGUGUGGAGUGUUUAUUGAAGAUUAUCCAAAUUGGACUUUUCCUGAGUGUGUUUAAACUGGCUAUUCUGUAUAUCACUUUGUUGGGGAGCUGUUACUGGUGGGUGGGAUGAAAGCUGUACUGGAAAAUGAAUAUUCGUCGAUGUGUUGUUGUUUUUAAGA